GCCGAGUAUCAUGGGAAAAUAACAUAGCAGGCUAGCACGCGCAGGAAGAGAGGAGAAGAGCCGACAGCUCCGCGCAACGAAACUCUUCCCGUGCGUUAUAUUCCUCGUUAACCUCCUCGAACGAGUGUAAACCGGCGACCAGAAGCCGUCUUUGACUGGCCAGCGUAUCGCGAAGUGUUCACGGUUGUUGUUGUUUGUUUCAGUUGUCGGCUUGUUGGAUAUUUAGCGCGUGUCGCUGUCGAGCGAGUUCGCGGAAGAAGAGGUGGGUCAACAUCGUUCCUUCUUCAGAUACUAAAGCGCAUCGAGAUUACGUUCAGGAGAUAAGCAGAAAGUUUUCAUCAAGCGAGGUUACAGUCGACGGCGGUGUAAAUAUGAGUUACAAGCCGAUCGCCCCCGCACCCACCGGCUCCAACCACACUCCACCAGGAUCAUGUGGCUCAUCUCCAUCACUGGCCUCCUCUUCUAACUUUAGACCAGCAUUUAGUGACUUUGGUCCACCAUCAAUGGGCUUUGUACAACCUGUUAAAGUGUCCCAGGGAUCUACCUAUAGUGAGCUGCUCUCCGUCAUUGAGGAGAUGAGCCGUGAAAUUCGUCCUACCUAUGCUGGCAGCAAAAGUGCCAUGGAGAGGCUGAAGAGAGGUAUCAUCCACACACGUGCUCUUGUCAGGGAGUGUCUAGCAGAGACAGAGCGAAGUGCUCGCACAUAACAUCCACACACACACACACACCCUCCCUCUGGUACUUGUCUCCCCAUUGUUCUGUUUCUCAUAAACAUGCUCCUUCUCUUUGCCAAGCUAUUUACAACACAUCUUUCUCUUUCUUAUUGACCUUUGUCCAUCAUGCAUAGCUAUCUCCCCAAUGUACACCUCAUGUAGUGUUAAUGUGAUUAGCAUAGACAUUUUUUAAGCCCAAUUUUUGCAAUUCUGUAUUUAAAUAAAAAAAAAAACUAAACAAACUGUCACAUUUUAAAUUCCACCGAAUGCAAGAAUUGCUUUUGUAAAGUGAUUUUCAAAGCACUUUAUUUGGCUUCAGUCACAACAUAUGCAGAAUAGUUGCAACAAUACCUAUUUAAAAUAAUUUUGAAAAUAGCUAUUUAUUUGUAGUGACAUAUAGAUAUAACUGACAAUUCAAUUCAUUAACAACAGUUGAGUGAAUAUAUGUUUUUAGUUUCAAUGAUGGGGAAGUGGAUACUUUUACAUGUGCCACAGUGUUAUUAUUGUGUCUUUCACUUACAUAUUUCAUAGGCCUUCUAAUUUCCUUUCUUUCAAUAUUAAAAAUGUAUACAUAUAAAGACAAUGAAGGUAAUAGCAAUAAAAAUGAAUAAACACGAUAAAUACAAAAGAUUAACAUAAAAAUUGAGGGAAAGGGGGAUAUAGUCAAAGAAAUCCUAUUUAACCAGACUAGCAUUUUAUCUUCAGAUUGCCUUUCAAGUUUGGUUCGUUCAGACUGCCCUU